AAAUAACAUUCAACGCAUACCAAUUGAUGAGGCACCUUACCAAAUACCAAUAAAUAAGAGCCAAGGCCGCCACGCUUAUUUGAUUUAUAAAUUAGUCCAAAUUAAAAGCCACACAUAUAUAAGAAAGCCAAUAAAUUGAUCAAACAGCUUUCACAUAACGUAGCCAUCUUCAAUUCUCUCCUUCUUCCUUGGAGAGUUUCUCUAAUUCCUAACUUAUUUUCCCUCAAACAAUUACUGCAAAAUGGGAUUUUCAGAUAGAAAAUCUUUAAUCCCAAGUUUUCUUUACAGUACAACAUCAGCUAGUUCAUCCAAGAAUGUCACUACUGCUAUGGAUGGCUCAUCUCAGCCAUCCAUUUCUUCGUCAUCAUCACAGAUGACGGAGAGAUCUUUCUUGAUUCCUGCACCAAAGGAAGGUUCAGGUUAUAAGGUAGAAAUGUACUCGCCGGCGUUUUACGCUGCCAGCACCGUUGGUGGUAUUCUGAGUUGUGGUCUUACACAUACGGCUGUUACACCUCUUGAUCUUGUCAAGUGCAACAUGCAGAUUGAUCCUGCAAAAUACAAGAGCAUUUCCUCCGGUUUCGGAGUUUUACUAAAGGAGCAAGGCGUUAGAGGACUCUUUAAGGGUUGGGCACCUACUCUACUUGGUUACAGUGCACAAGGAGCAUGCAAAUAUGGAUUCUAUGAAUAUUUCAAGAAGUACUAUUCAGACCUUGCUGGCCCUGAGAAUGCUGUCAAGUACAAGACUUUGAUUUACCUUGCUGGUUCUGCUUCUGCUGAAGUUAUUGCUGAUGUUGCCCUCUGUCCAUUCGAGGCUGUCAAAGUUCGCGUCCAAACUCAGCCUGGUUUUGCUAGAGGAUUGUCUGAUGGACUUCCCAAGAUUGUCAAGGCUGAAGGAGUUGCUGGGCUUUACAAGGGGAUUGUACCUCUCUGGGGACGACAAAUUCCAUACACUAUGAUGAAGUUCGCAUCAUUUGAAAACAUAGUGGAACAACUCUAUAAACAUGUCAUUCCAACACCAAAAGACCAAUGCAGCAGUACUAUGCAGCUUGGUGUGAGCUUUGCCGGUGGAUAUUUGGCUGGUAUUCUUUGUGCUGUUGUGUCACACCCUGCUGAUAACCUAGUUUCUUUCCUAAACAAUGCCAAGGGGGCAACUGUUGGCGAUGCUGUGAAUAAGCUAGGACUAUGGAGUCUCUGUACUCGUGGCCUUCCCCUUCGUAUAUUCAUGAUUGGAACACUCACUGGAGCACAAUGGGGCAUCUAUGAUUCUUUCAAAGUUUUUGUUGGACUGCCAACCACUGGUGGUGCUCCUCCUGCUGCCCAGAAGUGAAGAAAACAUUGAUGAUUACAUCAUAUUUUCUUCUAGUUCAGUGGUAGAGCUAGAAGGGAACUGGAAAUUCUUUCAAUUCAAAGUUUUGAAGCCUGAUAUAUGGUAGUAUUAGUUUUGAAUUUCUUGUAAGGUCUGUAGUUAGACAUAUUUUGGGGGAUGAAUCAUCCUCAGUAUUAUUGGGUUUCAAGUAUCACUCAAGUCUGCAAAACCAAUUUUUAUCUUUGAAUUUACAAUAAUAUGUCAAAUUUAUACUGAGGAGAUUACAUCUCUUUUCCAUUCAA